UUACCAAUAUGCAAGCCAAUAUGAAACGAUUUUUCAAACCAAUUUCUGGUUCAACGUCCAACACCAAUGUCGAUGAUUUGCCAUGGGAUCCUGCUGAGAGGAAAGAGAUAAUGAGUUAUCAUCCGAAUGAAAGAGACGAGAUAAGACGCAGAUAUCUUGUUAGAGGUCCAUGUCAACCUUAUGAUCAUCCUUUUAAAAAAACAAAGAUGAGUAAUGCAAUGAGGCGAUUUAAUCCAGCUUGGUUUGAGAAGUAUGGUACUUGGCUAGAGUAUAGUGUAUCAACAGAGAGAGCUUUUUGUUUGUGUUGCUACUUAUUUAAAGAUGAUGUACGAAAGAAAGGUGGGAAUGAUGCGUUUGUGAAAGAAGGGUUUUGUACUUGGAAUAAGCCUGACAGGUUAGACACUCAUAUGGGUAAAUCAUCCAACAGUUCUCAUUGUUGUGCUGCUGAAAAGUGUGAUAACUUGAUGAAGCAAGGUCAGUCUAUUGUGCAUGCCUUGUUUAAGCAAGACGAUUUGGUGAAGAAGGAGUAUCGCAUUCGUUUAAAUGCUUCAAUUGAUGUUUCCAGAUAUUUGUUGCGACAAGGAUUGUCUUUUCGUGGUCACGAUGAGUCAGAAGAAUCUGCCAAUAGAGGAAAUUUCUUGCAACUCGUGAAAUACACAGGAGAACAAAAUGAUGCUAUAAGUAAGGUUAUUUUGAAUAAUGCUCCAAAAAAUAACCAGAUGAUUUCUCCAAAGAUUCAGAAAGAGAUCGUGAAUUGUUUUGCAGAAGAAGUAGUGAAGUCAAUUAUUGAAGAAAUUGAUUAUGGUGUGUUUGGUCUGUUAGUUGAUGAGUCUGCAGAUAUAUCUCACAAAGAACAAAUGGCUGUUGUAUUCCGAUUUGUUGAUAAGAGCGGAGCAGUGAAAGAAAGGUUUAUUGGAGUUGUUCAUGUAAAAGAAACGUCAUCUGCAUCUUUGAAGUCUGCUAUUGAUAAUUUGUUUGCUAAAUACGGGUUGAGCCUGAAAAGGCUGCGAGGGCAAGGCUAUGAUGGAGCAAGCAACAUGAAGGGGGAAUUUAAUGGCUUGAGAGCAUUGGUUGUUGGAGAAAAUAAUGCUGCUUAUUAUGUUCAUUGCUUUGCUCAUCAACUCCAGUUGGUGGUGGUUGCUAUCGCUAAAAAACACUUUGAGGUUGGUGAUUUUUUUGAUAUGAUUUCUACAUUAUUGAAUGUAGUUGGAGCUUCUUGCAAAAGGCAAGAUAUGAUUCGAGAAAAUUAUCGAAGAAAAGUGCAGGAAGGAAUUAGUAGAGGUGAGAUUAACACUGGUACAUGA